UGCAACCUCUCAAGAGAACUUUGAAUAUUUUUCCGCGCCAGUCAGUGUUGAACCAUCGCGCGGACAAGAUCGACUGGACUUUGUUGGGUGAACUUUGUGAAAUGUGGAUUUAAAGAAAUUAUUUAAACCAAGCAUCAUAAAAAAGUGAUUCAUUGCUAAAUUUCAAAAAUGCUGCUAAAAUUGUUCAACCUAUGUGCCUUUAUACUGUUCAUCCCAAUCUACCCCUUUGUGGGGCUGUUCUUCCUGACCCUGCUAAGUUACGGUGCCCUCGCGAAACGCCUCAUCCGGUUGUACUAUGGCGCCACCUUCAAAGGAUUCCUCGAAGGCCUGGACGCCAUCUGGAACGUUGAGACGGGAAGCUCGCGUUCGAUGCUCAACCUGCUGUUCUUCGUCGAGUCCCCCCUCGAAGGUCACUCCGACAUCCCGGAGCGGUUCCUCCGGGACAUCCGGAAAACGAUCCUCGAAAAGCUCAAAGACACCCCCCGCCAGCCGUACCCACGAAUCUUCUGGACCCGGAGGCAACGCUUCGGCUAUUGCUUCUGGACGGACGACUCCAAGCUGACCAUCGAGGACUACGUGAGGUUCAUGGAACCCAUCGGAAAGGACGGCGGGUCGGAGCGAAAGUUCCUCGACGAGGCCCAGCUGCACGAGUUCGCUGGCAAGGUCAGCAAUCGGCACCUUCCCAACGGUCAUGCGGCGUGCUGGGAGUUGCUGAUCGGUACCGAGCCGGUCCGGCAGGGAAAAUCAGACACGGCUGCGACCGUCAAGUACCCGAUGAUGCUCCGCUUGCACCACACCGCCGGCGACGGAAUGGCCAUCGUAAAGUUGAUUUUGGACACCAUCACCGGUAACCACGCUGCGUUGGCCGCUCGUAUAUGCACCCCAGCGAAACCAGCAGAGGAGCCUAAAAAAUGUGGCGGUCUUAAACUAACCCAACUGCUCAAGCUGGCCCUCAACGGGCCAGCUAUUGUGCUGCGGAUGAUCUUCCGAAAAACGGAAAAGAGCUACCUCAGUACGACCAAGGUCACCGACUACAAAGUUGCCAACUGGCACCAUGAACCCCCGGUGGAUGUUCCGGAACAGGCCGUGAUUUCGAUCGUGAAACGCACCAAGCAGUUGGUCGAGGGAGGUCGCUUUUCCGACGUGUUUCUGCUCGCGUUGGCCAGUAGCUUCCAGAAGUUCUUCGAUGCCAAGGGGGAACCGGCGCCGGAGCAGGGUAUCUCCGUGAUCGUUCCGGGACGCGCCGGAAGUGAAGCAAAAUCUCUGAAAAUCAAGAAUCGCUUCACGACUCGCCACCAGCAACUGAAGAUUGGCAGAGGAGUUCAACUGGACAGUCCGGACAAGCUGUCAAAGCUUCGACAGCAGCUAUCGAUCAUUGCGCAAGGUUCAACCUGUACCCGAUCGAACGCAUCACACACUGUCACAUCCUGGUUCAUCUCAACCCUGACCGGAAUGCUCCCGGUGCCCAUGCUUCGACUAGUCGUGCACAGCUUCCGGGUGAACGUAGUCUUCUCCAUCCUGCCGGAAAUCGAGCAAGUCUCCUUCCAGGGUCUCCGGAUGGUCGAUCCAGUGCUUCUACUCCCCAACACCGGAAACAUUUCGAUAUGCCUCGCGGUGCUGACCUUCGGCAACAAGGUGCACGUGGGAAUCCUCGCCGAUCGGACGAUCGUUUCGUCCGAGGAGGAAGCUCACCUGAUCGUCGAGGAAGUGGUGGCCGAAAUUCAGCGCAUGGGAAAGGUGCUGGACGAAGAGCAGAAGAUGACCUCGAUAUCGUUCGAGAACGAGUAGGACUGGAGCUGUGGACCUGAUUAGAUUGCUAAGUAGGAUAAGAUAUUGGUUUUGUUUAG